AUGCUCCAGCACGCAGCCAGGACUUGGUCCCGAGCUACUCGAAGCCUCGUUUGCCAUGCUGCGAUGCGGCCAGUCGCGCCAGCUGCUAUCCCUUCCACCUCGGUUUUGGCAUCACGAUGUUUUGCAGCAGCAGCAGCAAAGAAGCCCAAGAUGGAGGAUGGCACCUUGGAGGGUCGAUACGCAACGGCUCUCUUUAUGGCAUCCAUGGACAAGUUGGACAAGGUCUAUGGUGACUUGCAGGGCCUGCGUGAAAUGAUGGAGUCGUCUCAGGAGUUCAAGCUGGCCAUUGAGACUCCCGGGAUCGAGCCGGAGAGCAAGGUGGCCGCCUUCGAGGCUGUCUGCAAGAAAGCCUCCAUCGACGGUGCAGUCCUGAACUUCCUCAAGGUCUUGGUGGAAAACAAGCGGGCCCAUCUGCUGUCCCGCAUGAUCGAUAUCUUUGAGAACUUCUACCGCGCGGAGAAGAACUUGGUUCUCUGCAAGGUGACCUCUGCAGCUUCCCUGUCGGAUGGCCAGAAAAAGCAGGUCGAGGCAGCUAUGCAGAAACGGGCUGAGGGCAGUGGCCUCAGCGACAUCAGCAACCGCUCGCUGAGCGGGAGUCUUGAAUGGAUGGAUGCAUGCAUGCCUGGAUGGAAGGAUGGAUGGAUAGAUUCGGAUAGAUUGGAUGUUGUUAGGUGCCGCGCCGCUGACUAG